GGCUGAUUUGUCACUUAUGUCAUAAGUUGUCGCUCUGAAUUUGAAAAAUGUAGAAAAUAUUCUCGAAAACUGGUGUAAAUUCAUAGGAAAACUGGUGCAACGCAAUUUAUUAACAACCAAAUCCGCACGUUCACGAGAUAAAUACCACAGCCGCUAACAGUGUAAACAUAAAAUAAUGUGUUGACUUAAAACGCAACACAUUGCACACAUUUUUCAACUGCAUCCAUGUGCCAGGGCGGUUUUAUUAUAUUUAUACACACUAGAAAAUGAUCGUUUCGACCACAACUAUGAAUUGUUUGGCUAGGAGGGUCCUGAAAUGUCGCGUUUCGAGCUUCAAGGAUUUGCCUGUGUGUUCGGUGUUACCACCAAUGUGCCAAUACAGUAUUUUACACAAACACACAAGGUACGACAAAACGACGCACGAAUCUCUAGUCAAAAGUGUUUGGUCCAAUUAUGCACACGUUAAAUGGUAUUCCACAAGUGACAAAAAACCAGACCCAAAAAGCGAAAAUAAGGAAGUAAAACUGACACUAUUCAAAAGGUUUAAGCAAAUGUACAGGGAGUACUGGUAUGUUUUGGUGCCUGUACACUUGGUCACGUCUGCUGCAUGGUUUGGAGGCUUCUACUACCUAGCAAAAAGUGGGGUAGAUGUCCCAGCACUUUUGGAGUCGAUGAGUGUGAGCGAAACCAUUACGAAACCCCUGAAGGACUCGAAAAUGGGAUACAUGGCCAUUUCUUAUGCCCUGUACAAAAUCGCCACACCAGCAAGAUACACGGUAACGUUGGGAGGCACCACCGUUGCGAUUAAUUAUUUAAAACGGUGGGGUUGGGUCAAACCUGUUCCUAGUCGCGAGGCUCUCAAGGAAAUGUAUAAUGAAAGGAAGGAUAACAUUAUAGAGAACGUCCUGAGCAAAAAGGAGAACUUGCUGAGCAACGUCAAGGAGAAGAGGGACGAACUGAAGAUGCGCAAGGACGGGAUCAUGGAAAACGUGAAGAGCUUACCUAAAAUGAAUAGUUGUAAAAAGAACAACUGAGUAUUUUAUGCGUAUUUUUAUAAAGUUUGUAUUAUGUAUAUCAGUAAAUAUACGCCUGUUAUAUAACACAUGUUUUGUAUUGAGGAUGUGCAAUUUGUAGAUGGACUUUGUUGAUGAUAAAAUGUUAUAUGGAUUAUGGCUUCUGUCA